GCUCAAGAAUCUUGGCUCAGCCUGGGCAUAUUUCCUCCUAACUCUGGCUAAACCUCAGCACGAGGGGCUGGACGGAGCAGUGGAUGCAAAGCUGGGGAGAGAGGCUGCAGGGCUUUCUACCAGGACUGCAGCAGAGCCUGGAGAAGCUGGAACCAUGCUUUUCCUUUGGACACUGGUGUUUAUAUCAGUCCUGCAGGAGCAAGAACCCUCAGCUGCUGCAGACCCUGUCAGGGUGUUUCCUGGAAGCCUGGGAGGAGGAAGCUGGUGUAAUGAACAUGAAACGAUCCACAAGCGCCUCGAUAUUAUUGAAGAGACAGUGAUAAAAACAGUGGAGCACCUAGAAUCAGAAGUCAAAUCUCUCCUCAAUAUCCUCAAUAAGACCACAUCAAAUAUCCCCAUCACUCCUGGAACCUCACUGACAGAUAUUUUUGAUGACAUCAGCUGAGCACUGUGAAGACAGAAGACAGCUGAAUGCACCAGUGUUGUCAUAAACCAUUGCACCUUUGUUCAUUUACUAAGCUUGUGUUGCCACAGUCUGAGCAGGGGUGAACAACCCUCACCUGUAGUUUUGCCUUCUGUGUUCCCAUGCUUUCUAAUAAACAGGUGUUGCCUUCUGACACUA